CGUUUGGAUAAUUAUCGAACUUUGGACUGGACCUUUGGCUCCGUCAAUAUUACAACCCUGCAUAUCGACUCUGCAACUCAUUUUGAGUGCUGUUCCCAAAGGAACAAACCAGAGGAAACGCUAUCCUGCCAUACUGGACAUCUGAGUCAUCACAUCAAGCAAAUUCUUGCGACAGCGACCUUUUGGAAUAAACAACAUGGCAACCGCUGUGGCGGCCGCCCCAGGCCUGUCUUCUUUCUUGAAGUCUCUCAAACACGCCGACGUUGAGAAUUCGAUUGAACAAUUCAUCUCGCUUUUGAAAAGACGUCAAAUCAGAAACUCUAGACCAUGUGCCAUCGCAACUACUCAGCUAUUGCUUCGCAUUGUGGCUGCUUCCAGGGCCAGAGAUGCUGCUUCUCUGAUCGAGCGCGUACGCAAAGUCGGUCAGCGUUUGAUUGCUGCCCAGCCUCGUGAGAUGGCAGUCGGCAAUAUUGUGCGUCGUGUUCUUGGUUUGAUCCGCGAAGUCGAGGAGACCGGUUUGGAUGCUGGUGCUCUUAGCGAAGCCGAACACAGUGACGAGCCUCAUCAUUCAUCACACAACGACUCUUUGCACAGGCCGGCCUUGAACUCUCACAUUUCAGCUUUCAGUCCGCUAAAUCACGGCGUUUCUGCGCCAAGCGCUACAAAUUUGGGGCAGGAGAGCCUUUCUUCGCUUGACUUUGCCGAUGCCACCGGUGUUCAUAGACCCCCUCUUCUCAGCACUCACACAUCCUAUGCUACAGGUCCUCAGGGAACUUCGCUGUUCGGUCUUCUCUCACAUCCUGAUGAGCCCUCUCCGAUAGCAACACCACCAACAGGUGCUCAGUCUCCAGUCUCAAAGAAUGGUUUCCGCUUGGGAAGCAUCGCAGAGACUUCGCAAACCAAAAUGGACGUCAAGGCCGAAGUCAUUGACGGCAUCAAGGAGCUCGUCGAUGAAUUGGAAAUCGUGGAUGAUCAAAUCGCCGCUUCUGCGCUCGAGCACAUUCACGCCAACGAGAUUAUCCUCACUCACACAUCUUCGCAGACGGUACAGAAGUUUCUGAUUGCAGCUGCUCGCAAGCGAAAGUUUACUGUUAUUCACGCCGAAGCAUAUCCUAAUGAUCACGUUGACACACAUGCCACGAUUCUGACUGGUGGCAAGAAGGGCGAUGAUGACGAUGAAGAGGCUGAUGAGCGAUGGAAGCCGCUGAUCUCCAUGGGCAUCCAAGUCAUCAUGAUCCCAGACUCUGCUGUCUUUGCUCUCAUGUCUCGUGUCAACAAGGUCAUUCUCGCCCCGCAUACCGUUCUCGCAAACGGAGGUCUGAUUGCAGCUACUGGUGCCCUGACCAUCGCACAAGCCGCCAAGGUGCACCAAACCCCUGUUGUCGUGGUCAGUGGUGUGUACAAGCUCAGCCCUGUGUAUCCAUUCGACAUGGAAGAGCUGGUCGAGUACGGUGACCCGGGCAAGGUUAUCGAUUUCCAAGAAGGCGAUUUUGUCGAGAACGUCGAUGUCACCAACCCCAUCUACGACUAUGUCAGUGCCGACCUUGUGGACCUCUACAUCACCAACCUUGGAGGCCAUGCACCCAGCUAUCUGUACAGGAUUGUCGCGGACCAUUAUCGUGUAGACGACAUCAAUCUCUCGUAACAAAGAUUCUAGCUAAGACGAAACGAAUACUCAAAAAAGCAUUUUCCACACCACUUUGGGUCGACCAUGUAAAUAUUCUACUUAUCCUUGCUCAGACACCAGACCAAAACGUCUCCAUGGCGCCGGUGAUCGUCAUGCCAGUGCGUAUUGAAUCCUCUCCAGCACUCUUCGUACGCAGUCUUGGACAAAAGCUCAGUCAUGGUAGGCUCCAAUUGUUCAAAGAAAACCAAAUAUUCAGGCCACUGUGCUCGUUCUUGGUGUAUAUCGAUCUGUGCGUCCAAAGUUCGUGCCCUCAAUGAUGUCUUGUCUUCCAUAUUUUCGUGCAUCCAAACGAUCGGGUCUGCAUAGAACUGAUCCGCCUCAUCCAUGUAGGAUGCUCGUGCCUCAACGGGAACAUCAAGUGGAGGUUCGCAUGUCAAUGCUCGAGCGUCAAUAUUCGGGUGUACCAAGUGACUUCUCCAUGGGGUGCUGUGAC